UACUAGUAUUGGAUGAUUAAGAAUAUAAUCACACUGGUAUACAUGAAUGCUCACAAGAAAAAGAUCCCAACGCCAACCUUUAAAUUUAACGGAUGAGAAAAUAGCGGAAAAGUAAAAGAAAAAGGAAAAAAGGAGCAGAACUUUCGGGAUCCAAUUAGCGGACGUGGCCCCACUCACGGCGGUGUUCGUGAAGCCGGUGGGGACAGUGCUGACAGCGGCGGCGGUUGUGCCAUACAACGUUAGGCACGAUCUCUCGUUUCGAAAUACAAAAUAUUAUGUAAAUUAAUAUUUAAAUCACAAGAAUAAAAAUUGAAACUUGAGAGGGGUAAAAUUUGCAUUUAAUUUGUUUAAUUCAUGAAUAAAUAUUAUCCCUUGUAUUCUACCUAGACAUUGGAACUCUUAACAAAACUUACGAACUUAUGCAUACAAUUGUACCAGCAAAUUGGCGUUUCGUUAUUUCCAAAGUUUGAUUGUGCUUUGUGUUUGGGAGACAUCGGAGCGUGAACGGUGGUAGCGUAUCAGUUCGUUUUUUGCUUUUGGAUCAGCGAAAUUCGCUAAAUAGGUGUUUGAAUCCCUUUGCAUUUGAAGUAAAUUACCGGGUUUUUUCUUUUCGCCUUUUUUCUUUUGUCGUUGUUGAGAAAAUUGGGGACCAAAUUCGAAAUUAAAAUGCUGCGUUUUUUGGUAUUUUAGAUAUUUCUACAUUCUCCCAGUCUAAAAACUCAUCGUAUUUACUUUGCAUGCUUAAUUCCACAUUUUCUCAUCAAACAUUUGAUUUGGAAGAAAAAGUUGCACGCUUUUUGGAUUUUAUAGUAGUAAUAAUAGUUUGUUUGGCUAAGAAGUGUUAGAUAAUGUGGCUAUUAUUUUCAAUUUAAAAGCUUCUUUGUUGAGAAUUUGAACAUCAAGAACUAAGCUUGAGGUAAAAUGGUGCAAAAAUUGGAGUUGGAGGGAACUCCUUUGCAUAUUCAGUAGUGUGAGAUGAUAGACUUUGAUGAUGUUCCUUUUGUUAGUUCAACAUUACUUUUUUAAUGUAUCCUUUGAUUCCAUGAUUAUUACUCAGCAUACGAGUAGUCGAGGGAAUGAAAUGGCACUGAAAUCAAUUAUUCAUGAGAUUAAGGGAGUAGGAGAUAAUGUAGAUGGCAAAUCAAAAAAGCAAGCUGAGAAAAAGUGUGUAUUGAGCCGUGGAAGGUCAUAUGUGGCUCUUGAGAGGUUAACAUCCUCUCCAUGUAUAUUCGUUCAAGAAAGUCUGUGGGCGAGUUUGCCACAUGAACUGCUGCUUGACAUAAUCCAGCGAAUAGAGGCAAGUGAGAUAACAUGGCCUGCCCGUAGAGAUGUAGUUACUUGUGCCUCUGUGUGCCGGUCCUGGAGGGAAAUAACCAAGGAGGUUGUUAGGACUCCGGAGCAAUGUGGGCUGCUGACUUUCCCUGCGUCGUUGAAGCAGCCCGGGGCUAGAGAUUGUCCAAUUCAAUCAACAUCAACUUUCCAGUUAUAUCUUGGUCUGAGUCCUGGUACAUUAUGAUUCCCC